UUUAAACCAGAUUUAGGCCGCAACUUUUGAGAUAUUUUCCCUCAAAUCUUCCUUACUUUCAGAGUUUGGAUUAAGCCUGCAAAAUAGGUAUUCUUUGAACCACUGUAACUUGAACAUGUUUUGAUCAAAGAUAUUUUUAUUUAGCCUGUGAACUAUCGACGGUUAACUUAAAAAACUGAAUCGAACAGAUUUUUUGUGCGGGCAUUGGUUUGUUUGCAACGCGCUUUUCAAAAUCCAUCAAUUUUAGUCUUCGAAACACUCUUUGAGAAGCCGGGACGGACUCAAUUCGUUUUUGGCUUGUAGCAGAGCUAAGAAUAAGAAUUUGAAAACAAAAAUAGCGAUUUUAGUAUACACCUACUAAAGCCUCUUCACCGACAAAAAAAAAAAGGAAAAGUAUUUUUUGUCGCGAAAUCGAGUGGACCGCUUUUAGGGAGACUGCCUCUUAACGCCAUUUCGCCUGCUGCGGCUAGUUUCAUUUUAUAAAGCUGGAGAAACAAGGACGUUGUAUAUAUUCUUUUCAUCGUAAUUGAUCUUCCAUUGCAAAUUCGGUUUUUUUUUUCUUCUCCGGGAAGGAUGUAGUCUUUACAAGAAAAAAGAAACCUUUGAAAUUUUCUUUUUAAAGGACAAUUUUUCUAUUUCUUCCUCCUUUCUACCACAGCAAACGUUUCACUACCAUGACGCCUUUUGGAGCAACAAAGAAACCUUUAACCUUGACGGAGGGAAGACUGGGUUUGACUCACAGGAGACCAAACUUCCCUCCUACUGGAGCUCAUCCUUCUCCAAGAUCUGCCUUGGUAUGAAGAUUGGCCAGCAGAUCAAGUUUAUUGUUAUCAACAAGCAAGCGAACUCCUUGUACUCUCUGAUCGCUGAUGGGCAAUACCGCCACACCUCACUGGGUCUUGACACGUGGAAGUCACUGAUUGGUUCUGAGGCCUCCUUACAGAAAAUCUGUAACAAGGAAGGGUUCAAUGCUGUGUCUAAAGAUUCUCGUUUUUCCAAAGCCAGGAUCGGUAUCCUUGGUGACAACAUCGGCGAUUGCAGAACCUGUGACUCUAGAAUUGGGUUUGGUACUGGAGGAGAUCAUGAUAACAACAACACAUGCGGAAACGAGGCUAGUGUGUUGGGGCCAGAUAAUGGCGAGAAGCAUAUCAAGGCAAUGGGAUAUAUUUUGGUGCAGUAAAAAGAAACCGAUCUUCGGCGCUAAUUUACCGUCGGCACCAAAAAGAAAGUGUAGUUUAAGGAAACUCUUUUUCUCUCUUCGUUUUUUGUGGAUAAACAAUAGACUAUGUCUAGAUUGAAUUAAAGUUAAACAUUGUUCAUUAGAAGCAAAGACACAAUGAGAAACUAGGAUUAAAAGUUAUUGGUUACUGUAAUCCAGUCUCGCUAUUACUCUACCCGCUAACAAAACUAUCCUAUUUUGAGAUUGGAGGUGAGUUUUCAGUUUUUACUUGUUUUUUUUUUUUCAUUAUUGUGCUUUACUUAGAUCAGCACUUGAAGAGGACGAAGUUGGUGAUGCGAGUAUAUUAGCUUUUCUACGUGGUCUGUUUUCCAAGUUCUUAUAAGCGUCCUUGAAGAGUUUACAAAUUUCAAACUACUGUAGUAAUGAAAAUAAAAUAAGGACCGCCCUGUAUCGGUAAUUAGAAACGGUCAGUGUUAACGUGGAAAAAUAGAAACUCAGGGAACUGAAAUGUACUCAUAGGGUUAAAUUAGUCAUAAAGAGGGUUGGGAAAGUUUUCAGAUUGGGAUGAUCUUUCUCAAAUUGUGAUCAAUCGGUUCCAGAGGAGACUGAAUCGGAGUUUGAACCACGCACUCAAAUGAUACUUGGAAACCGAAUUUGAUUCACGAGAUAAUAUUUUAGCUAAUAAAUUUCUAGAGUGAUUUUGCUUUGGAAGUAUCUCCCUUGGGAAGGAUAGGAUGCAGUUAUGUGAAUGGUUUCCAUCCACGUACUUUUCUGCCACCUAAAAUUUCGUGUUGUGUUCCAUUGCUACUUUAUUUUUUCAUUCAAGAGUGAAAUUAGAAAAUCUGAAAUACAAUCUCAGUUUAAUAAUGAGUUUUCUUCGCUAAAUCUGAUUGACUGCGCUCUUUUUAUAUCUAAAAUAUUUUGCGCAUUCAAGGUUCUUGCUGAUCCAUUAGAAGCUCGGACGCCCGCUAGGACCUUUAUUGAAUUUUGGGACCCCCGUGGGGGCGUAUAGACAGGAGACUCAAAGGAGGCGUUUAUUGACUUUAUAAUGUAAUAAAAGUUGCAAGCUCAACAAAAUUUUAAAGAGAAUUUAUCAAGAGAAUUUAAAAAUGGUGGAAUUUUUGUGUCCAUCAAUUUUACGUCUAGGGCCGUAUACAUAGCGAUGUAUAUCAGGAGCUCGUUCGAAUCUUUACAUCGAUGUCAGAAUCCUGGCUUCGGGUUAUUGUGUUUGUCAUCGUUAGUAAAUCCUUACCCUGAAUUUAACACAGAACAAGCAAAAUGCAAUGCGCAGACGAGGUUGCCUAUCUACCGAGUCAGGAU